GUCUCUGGUAUGGACUAUGUUUCUUCGAUGCAGCAAACACUGCUCUGGAUUUAAACUGGCAGGCCGCAUCAGUCUGUGUCAAGUCAUCUGUCGGUAGCAGGAGUGAAGACAAACGGCCAUGGGCAAAUACUUGAUAUACUUGGUUCUCAUUGCAAUUGCUCUCUACCUUGUGAAUGCGGACCCACAACGCGGAGGAGGUUUUGGGAUAGGUAGUGGCGGAGGCGCUGGUGGUGGCAGAGGAGGCUUCGGUGGAUUUGGAGGAAGCCCUGGUGGUGGCAGAGGAGGCUUCGGUGGAUUUGGAGGAAGCCCUGGUGGUGGCAGAGGAGGCUUCGGUGGAUUUGGAGGAAGCCCUGGUGGUGGCAGAGGAGGCUUCGGUGGAUUUGGAGGAAGCCCUGGUGGUGGCAGAGGAGGCUUCGGUGGAUUUGGAGGAAGCCCUGGAGGUGGCAGAGGAGGCCCUGGUGGUGGAAGAGGAAGCCCUGGUGGACUUCGAGGAGGAAUCGGUGAAUCCGGCGGUCGAGGAAGAUACGGUGGUGUCGGACGCAGCAUGUAUUUGUGGCCGGGAGUUGGAUAUGGAGGUGCUACUGGGAUCUUUACAUGGCCAAGUUACACAGAUGAUUACUAUGAUUAUUAAUGAACUUUAUCAUUCACAUGAGAGGUACGCAAAACAAAGUACCUUGUUGCAACACAAAGCAAAUGUUAUCCAUGAAAAUCAACCUUUUUAAAUCGCAAGAAUAUUUUAUUUAAGACGAUAAUUUUAUAUAUAGUUGGUUAUUGUAACACUGAAACUUUUUAAACAGAAUCGAUAAUGCAUGUUAUAACACAAAUA